UGUUAAAUCCCACCCACUUGACAUGAACACAGAAGAGAAAAAAAAAGUGAAAAUCCCUCACUCUGCCCACGCUGACUGCGCCCAGUCGCUGUUGUCUCAACUGCCUGCUGGACCCGAACCAUGGAGACGGAGAGCUGUUUGUCUUUCUCUGCGCAGGGCGGCGGGAGGACACCGGCAAACUCUCCGGGCCUGGAGCACAGCGGUGGUGGCGGGGACUCCGGCUCCUUUCUCCCCUGCGAUGAGCUGCAGAAACCCUCUCAUCUCCGUCCUCCUCCUCCUUCCGCUGCUGCCUCGCUAACGCACCGCCUCGGCCUGCGCGGGGACCUGUACGCAGCCACCGCCAUGGGCAGGUUUGGCGAUGCUGCGGACUUUACGCACGGCUCUGCGUCCGGCUCGCCGCCUAAACAUGGCAAGUUUCUGAACACUUUAAACCUGGACCACAAAGCGGCCAUAAGCGACAAAGCGGCGUUUUAUGAAAGCAGUUCGGAUGUCAGAGAGAAAGGAGCUCUAAAGGCCAUGGUCUACCCGGGGAUCGGCCCAGACUGCUGCGGCAAGUUGAAGGAGCAGAGCGGCGGCUUGCAGGGGGACUCCAUCGCUGACUCCAUAGACUUAUCAGGGAAAAGCAAGAAGCGACGCAACCGCACCACCUUCAGCACCUUUCAGCUGGAGGAGCUGGAGAAGGUGUUUCAGAAGACACACUACCCUGAUGUGUACGCCCGAGAGCAGCUGGCCCUGAGGACGGAGCUCACUGAAGCACGGGUUCAGGUGUGGUUCCAGAACCGUAGAGCCAAAUGGAGGAAACGGGAACGCUACGGGAAGAUCCAGGAAGUCCGCAACCACUUUGCAGCCUCUUAUGAUAUUUCUCUUCUCCCUCGUCAUGAUGCCUACCAGAUGCAGGGCAACCUGUGGCCGGGCGCCGCCUCGGGCGGAGGCGGCAGUUCAAGUGCAGCAUGUGUCCUAGGAGCCGACUCCAUCCCAUCAUCUUGCAUGAGUCCAUAUUCUCACCCCCACAGCAACCUGCAGGGCUUCAUGAGCAUGCCCACCUCCCCCAGCCACCCGCACCACCACCACCCACCCCACCAUCACAGCAUCAACGGCCUCUACUCCCUCCACAGCUUCCCGGGAGGCCUCGGGCCACCUUCCAUUGAGGGGCCGGAGGGUGACUACAAACCCACGGGCUUGGUGGCGCUGCGCAUGAAAGCCAAAGAGCCGGGCAGCAUCAUCUCCUGGCCCACAUGACCACCAAUGAUCCCCUUAAUACGCUGACUGAGCCAAAGCAUACACAGAAAUGCACGCCGUCUGCAUCUGACUCAUGCAGUUGCUCUUUAUGUAUAAUGCUACCCAAGCCGGACGAUUUUCACAGAAUAUCUUUGGAAGAGUGACAGAAAUUUGGAAAUAUUGAUGCCUGGUUUUUUUUUGUUUUUUUUAACCAACUUUUGUUUCUUAUUGCAGUACUAGAACCAAAGAAGAGCAAAUUAUUUAAGCAUGUAAAAAAAUGUAAUUAUUGUGUUAAUCAGCGCUGAUUAGUAAUAAAGUCUUCCAUUUACAUAUGCUGACUGCCA